UGAACCACCUUUGUCUUUAGUCUUACUCUGUUAUUGAUUGUUGCCUGCUGAAUUAGUUGUGAACUUAAAUUUUGUAUUUAUAUUAGUGUGACUACUAUCAUUUUUAAAUAAAUAUAGUUAUUGUGUAUUAUUUUUUUUAUUUAAAGAAAAUUUAUUAAUAUUAAUUUAAAAAAAGUAUGGCGGCGUCUAGACCACCAUCACCACCAGCCUCUAAUGAGGCUAAUACUCCAGUAGCUGAGAGCUGGUGUUAUACUCAAGUCAAAGUGAUUAAAUUUUCAUAUAUGUGGACCAUAAAUAAUUUUAGUUUUUGUCGUGAAGAGAUGGGUGAAGUUCUGAAAAGCUCAACAUUCUCAGCCGGAGCCAAUGAUAAACUUAGAUGGUGUUUACGAGUAAACCCCAAAGGACUCGACGAGGAAAGUAAAGAUUACCUGUCUCUAUAUCUUCUUCUUGUCUCUUGCAAUAAAUCAGAAGUAAGAGCCAAAUUCAAGUUCUCAAUAUUAAACGCUAAACGGGAAGAAACCAAAGCCAUGGAAAGUCAAAGAGCCUACAGAUUUGUUCAAGGUAAAGACUGGGGUUUCAAAAAAUUCAUCAGACGUGACUUUUUACUCGAUGAAGCCAAUGGUUUAUUACCUGAAGAUAAAUUAACCUUAUAUUGUGAAGUAAGCGUUGUUGCUGAUUCAGUGAACAUUGCAGGACAAAAUAACGCAAUUCAAUUCAAAGUACCUGAAUGCCGACUCUCUGAUGAUCUUGGCAAUUUAUUUGAAAACCAUCGAUUUAGUGACGUCAUUUUAAGUGUUAAUGGAAAGGAAUUUCUUGCACACAAAGCUAUAUUAGCAGCAAGGUCACCCGUUUUUGCCGCUAUGUUUGAACAUAAUUUAGAGGAAAGCAAACAAAACCGAGUUGAAAUAACCGAUAUAAAUCAUGAAGUAUUAGGAGAAAUGUUGAAUUUUAUUUAUACCGGUAAAUCAUCUAAUUUGGGAAAGAUGGCAGAUGACCUUCUAGCUGCUGCAGACAAAUACGAUCUCGAAAGAUUGAAAGUAAUGUGUGAAGAAGCAUUAUGUUCCAAUUUAUCAGUUGAAACGGCUGCCGAAGUUCUUAUUUUAGCGGAUAUGCAUAGUGCAAGUCAACUUAAAGCUCAUGCCAUAGACUUUAUAAACACACAUGCCACUGAUGUUAUGGAAACGCAAGGGUGGAAAACUAUGAUAACCAGACAACCUCAUCUGAUAGCAGAAGCAUUUAGAGCUCUUGCUACCCAACAAAUACCUCCAAUUGGUCCACCAAGGAAACGGAUCAAGCAAUCUUAAUAUAUUUAAACCUACUGUAUCAAUUUUUCAAAGCAACAGCAUCCAACUACAACAACAACAACAACACAUAUUGCACAUGCACUUAUACACACACAUACCAUACACAUCUAUACGUACGUACGUUUACAUACACAUACACGCCCCACCUCGCCACAUACAAACUUCAAUAUGAAGCUUACCCACCCACCCGCUCUCUUUCUUUCUUUCUCUCUUUUCUUUCUUUCUUUCUUUCUUCCUCUUUGCUUUUCUCUGUACAUUUAUGUAAGCAUUGAAUGUUGAUUAAAAAAGCUGCAAAAUUACUUUAAUAACGUUAAAAUGA